UCAUGGGUUUUUCUUUUUCGUUUUUUCGUUUUACAAGUGUACAUUGCAUAUUCGCAUCGUAGCGUUAGCAUAGUAGUGUUUAAGAUAUUGACGUCUCUUCCAACCGACGCGACUGAUGAUGUAAAAAAGUGUCAACGUUAAACAAUCUUUCACGUGUUGAAAUUUAUGUUCGUUUUGUGUUAAAUUACGUACUAUGAAAUGGAAAGAUAUCUUUAAUUGCACUUUCUAACAAUUUAAAUACAGUCAUCAAUGUAAUUAUUUUGCUUUUUUUCACAGUACAGUUGUGUUACAGCAGAUUAUUUGGAAGACCCACUUUAAAUUACCAAUAGAAUACCUUACCAGAUGAGCUGUUUAAGAAUAAAUAAUAGUAAUAAUAAUAAUAACAAAAACAACAACAAUUUAGUGACUGAUCAUCGGACAAUUUAACACUGUUGACACUUAACCCUGAUCUGUCAGUUGUCUUUCUCACAACAAAAUGACAACAUGCCCCCAGAUGUAUUUGUCCCAGAUCCAAAGUCUCAGGCUGGCAGCUGUUCUUGAAGAGUGCUCAGACCAGCUGGACAUACUAGAACAUGCUUUGACCAUCAAGAUCUACAAGGAGUGCUGUACUGAAGAGUCACAGGCCAGAGUGAAAAAGGUGAAACGAGAUUGUCACUAUAUUUCACAGCAGGUGUCCAAGUUACAGGCUGAGCUACAGGAGAAACAGAGUUUCACCUGCCUGCUCCAGGUCGUGGACGGACAGGACCAGGAGAAGAAUGCUGAGAGCAACAAAAGAGAGGCAAAGAGGGAGAUGGAGAGGAGAAGACGUACACUUCCAAAACAACAAGCGACGCUCCAACAGAAAGUCGAUCAACUAAAGGAACUACAAACAGUGUACGAUGAUCUAAACAAUCGGCUGCACAGACUUAUUGAGUCAAAUGCUGCAAGAAAGGAUCUCGAGGAUAGAAGUACUGAGCAGCAGCUCCAGAAAACCCAAAUUGAGAUGAGGGAAGCUGAGAAGCGACUUGAAGACAAAGUUGUUUUGCUGAAGGAACAUUUGAAUCUGCAGGAGAGAGUUCAUGAAGAAUCAAAGAUUUUCCUGAAAAAACAAAAUGCGGAAUUACAAGAGCAGCUACGACAGUGGCAGCAGUGCACUGAACAGAACAUGCAAGAGAAGGAGCAGCAUCUCACCCGCACACGCUACAAGAGAACCACAAACUUGGAAAAAUUGACCACAAUGCAAAAAAAGUACAGCGAGAUGGAGCAGGUGGUGAAGGAGGAAAGGGAAGAGGAGGAGAGACUGCAUCAGCUGGAGGUUAGGAAUAAAGCUGCUCUCAAGGUGCAGUCUUGGUGGAGAGGCUGCAUGGUCCGCAAAGGUUUUGGCAUUUAUCGCAAAGUAGAAGACAAGAAAAGCAAGAAGAAGAAAGAGGGAAAGAAGAAGAAAUGAGCUAUUCAUACAUAUUGGUCCAUUUUCGAAUGAAAAGUCUCGUCAAAGAGAAUCUAAUCCCAGCCACUAUGUGCUGGUUGUUGUUAAAAGUGUUGUUUUAAAAAAAGUGCUGUAUUUGCAUUUGUGUGUUCCAUCAUGAAUCAGAAAAGUAUUUUUGCUCAAAAAAAAAAAGAAGAAAAAAAUGACUUUGUUUGCUUGGCUUUUUAGAUUUGCACCAAAUUUCAAUAGGUUCUUCUUCAAGAGUUCACUGAAGGCAAACAAAUCAGUGGUAUGAUCUCAACCGUAUACAGCCUGCCUUUCACUUGUAAGAGUUUAUCAUGAGUAUUAUUCAAAAUGUAAAAGUAUUUGUCGGUGCCUUGGUAAUAUGUGUGUACCACAAAGAUCAAGAAUUACAUGACACUUUACACCCCUUUUGUGGCCUAGUUCAAACCACAAAUUUCUCCACCUACCUCCACAUCACCAACUUGGCCGAAAGUAUGUGUCAGUUAUCAGAAGCUAACACUAAUAUGUGUUGACACUGCAGGCUCAGUCUAUCUUUUGAGUUCACCCAGCUAGUUGCCAAGUGAUGAGCAGAAAUAAUUGCUGUUGGGGCUGUUACAU